AUGGCUAAAAUGAGGAGCAAUCACCUGGACCUCUACCUAGUUUCAGUGUGGGAGCUGUGCAUGCACUGCAUCACACCUGAUUCUGCGCUGGGGGAGGUGGAGGUGGAGGCUCUCCAGAGGGUGUACGAGCCUCUCGCGCUGGGGGAGGUGGAGGUGGAGGCCCUCCAGAGGGUGUACGAGCCCGGGGAGGAGGCUAUUGCAAUAGAGCUCUAUUUAUUCCUCACACCUUUACAUUUGUUGUGUGGGCGUCCCCAGGCGCUGGGGGAGGUGGAGGUGGAGGCUCUCCAGAGGGUGUACGAGCCCGGGGAGGAGGCGGUGCUCUCCUGUGCGGAGGGGUACUCCCGCGCCGGGGGCUCCCGCGUCAUCGUCUGCACCAACACCGGAGAGUGGACCAGGAUGUCUCUGAAAUGCACACCCAAAAGCUGUCCUCCCCCUGAUGACCUGGCUCAUGGGAAGAUUGAGUUUACCGACAUCGUUUACAAAAGCGUCCUGAACUACACUUGUGAUGAGGGGCACAUCAUGAAUGGGACGAACUCCAGCACCUGUUUGCACGACGGAAAAUGGAGUAACCCUGCCCCAGUUUGUGAACCGGUCACCUGUGGUCUAGCCCCUAUUCCUCAUUAUGCUAAAGUCAUUUAUGACAAAAAGCCAGUUGGAAACGUCGUCACUUACGGAUUCGGGGGGCGAUAUGAGUGCAACCCUCCUUUGGCGAUGUUCGGCAAUGAGAGAGCCCACUGCACAGCCAAUGGGAACUGGUCUGAACCUCCAACAUGUAAAGCUGUGGUUUGCCCCGCCCCCACUGGGUUAGCCAAUGGGUUCAUCACGUUUGCAGUGAUGCGAGAGCAUGGUUACAAGGAGAGGGUGAAGUACGGCUGUGACGCCAACUACGUCUUAGACGGAGCAGCUGAGGUGGAGUGUGAGAAGACGGGCCAGUGGUCCCACAAGCCAGUUUGCAGAGCUCCAUGCAGCGUCGGUAUUAAAAGAGGUCGCAUCUUCUACAAUGCCAAAAAGAUAUGGAUUGAGGACUUCAAGCCAAACAGACUUCUUCACGGAGAGUAUGUGGCCGUGUACUGCCUGAACAAACAGCAGAAAUGUGGGUAUCCGGUGGCAACGCAGUGCGUCGAUGGAAACCUGACCAUCCCAGAAUGUUAUGAGGAACCAGGCAAGACAACAUACAACUUGAAGUCAGGCUCCCUUCCAUCUGAGAUCAAGAUGUGCGGUGCAGCAGUGGCCUAGUGGUUACAGAGUUGGUCUUUCAACCUGGGGGUUGUAGGUUCGAAUCCCCCCUGACCUCUCCCUACAUCUCCAUCCAUGGCUGAAGUGCCCUUGAGUAAGGCACCUAACCCCACAUUGCUCCAGGGCCUGUAACCAAUACCCUUAAAAAUAAUAAUAACUGUAAGUCGAUUUGAAUAAAUGAAAGCGUCAGUUAAGUGCAAUGUAAUGCACUGUAAUGUAAUGUAAUUUAAUGUAAUGAUCCACAGCAAAGUUAGUGUUUAGGAGCCAUUGCUUUAUAUAUGAAGUUUCAGCCAACAAAGUAGCUACCAUAGCCUUCCCUGUUACCAUGUAUCCUCUUAUUCCAUAUUUGUUUUUAUUUUUGAUUUUUAAUUCUGUGUAUUGGUCCCAGUCUUAAGUCCUUGUGCUGUGUUGACCUGUGGUCUCUGUCUUUAUGUUGUUUCAUUAGCCUAUUUGUUGUCUGUCCUGAAUGUUUUAAAUACCUGCUGCAAAUCUAAUUUCCCCUUGUGGACAAAACAAAUUGAACUUGAACUUGACGUUGAACUUGAA